GUCUCCGUGGGCAAGCGCUUUGAGAGGACGGAGACGGCAUGGCGUUGACGCUGCCGGACAGCCCCGACAGUGGUAUCACGCUUGAUGACGGAGACCGCUGGAUGCAGCACUGCAGGGUACCGCUGUUACAUUCUGCACACACCAUGACUUCACGCGUGAAGCAGGACAUGAAGCGAGUCUUUGAGAUGGACUGCAGUUAUCCGGAAGCACACGCUAUUUCCGUCAAGGGAGAACCUGCCGUCAUUCGGUUGCCGCACGGGAUCUCCGUCACCCCUGAUCUCCCACCACGAACACGGUCGGUCGUCGGCGUUGCCGAGCAGUCUGAGAGACGACCAGCUUCGGCCGAACCUGGGGCGCCGCCACCGAGGAAGAAGCGGCGCGCGCCGGCCAGCGAGGCGGUAUGGCGCCGGCGCCGGGAGGGCGCCAACUGCCGCGAGCGGCGACGCAUGCAGCGGCUCAACGAGGCGUUCGACCUGCUGCGGCACCACCUGCCGCAGGGGAGCGAGUCGCAGCUCUCCAAGCACGAGACGCUCCAGAUGGCCAUGGAGUACAUAUCGGCCCUGCAGCUGCAGCUCUGCUGA